CUAUUAGUAUAAUAUAUAGUUUAAGUAAUGGAUUUUAAUUUUGAAAAUUUAUCUGCUCGGUUUGAUAAAGCUGUCUCAUAUAUUUCUGGAUCUAAUUUAUCCGAUGUUGACGUGCAGCUUAAAUUGUAUGGGUUUUAUAAGCAAGCAUUGGUAGGUACAUGUACUCAACCAAAACCUUCGAUAUUUGACCUAAAAGGUCGUAAAAAAUGGUAUGCCUGGUCUGAAUUGGGUACAAUGACCAAAGAAGAAGCUAUGACAUCAUAUAUAAAUUUAGUAACAUCUAUUAAUCCAAACUUUGAAACAGAAAAAACUGGAUGGGUAACAGUUAGUACAUUUGUCAAUGAUGAAAAACCACUUUCAGAAAACGAAAAAACCAUUAGUGAUUGGGUUAAAGAUGGAGACUUAAACAAAAUAAAGACUUUUAUAGGCAACAUAAAUGUUAAUGAUAGUAUGGGAAUGGCACCAAUCCAUUGGGCUGCAGAUCGUGGAGAUUUCGAUAUUUUGAAAUUUUUGGUGGAAAAUCAUUCAGCUGAUGUUAAUUUUCAAGACAAUACACGCCAAACAGCUUUACAUUAUGCUGCUUCUUGUGGACAUGAAGAAAUUUGCAAAUAUUUGGUUAGUAAGGGCGCAAGAAUAAAUAUUGAAGAUGAAGAUGGAAUUACUCCUUUAGAAAUGUGUACGGAUGAAAAAUUAAAAUUACUAUUAUCAAUAAAUUAAAUCUUAUGUUUAUACACGAUUAAUUGUAUAUAAUUAAAUUUCAAUAUGUUAAAACCAAGU